AUGGAGCACACACCCAUUAGCCUUCUCGUCCUCGGGCUCGUCUCAGUCCUCUCUUACAUUUGGUUUCGACAAGUCCUGAAGCGACCGCGACAGACUUCACUCAACGCAUGCGAUCGCCGCCCAGAAGAGGAACUAGAGAAACCCGACAAACAGACUCCUUGGCAAGAUGAAGCUUCCCAGCUUGGGCACGAAAGCCCUGCAGAAGAAGCUUCAACGACCGUAGCAUCUUCCCAUGCCCGAUCGCCUCUCGAAAUCCUCUAUCCAGGCCAGUCCGAUAAGUCGAUUGAAGUCGAUAUUGUCGCUGUACACGGAUUAGGGGCCAACGUCGAUUGGUCUUGGAUUCAUAAAGACGGGCCACGCGAGAUAAACUGGUUGCGAGAUAGCGACAUGCUACCAGCUCAAGUGCCACAGGCUCGCAUCAUCGCAUACAACUACGAGUCAAAAUGGCAUUCCGAUGCACCGAAGACGCGCCUCCGUCUCUGUGGCGAAGAUUUGAUUGUCAGUUUGGAUGUCUUCCGCGCUGAUUGUCGCGACAGACCCCUCAUGUUCAUUGGCCACAGCCUCGGGGGCAACGUGAUCCAACAUGGACUCCUCUAUGCCGACCGCGAAAGUGAUUACAGGAGCGUAAUCGAAGCCACCACCGGCUUGAUAUUUCUCGGCACCCCUUUCCGUGGUAGCAAGAUGCAACCGCUCGCAGUAUUCGCCGCUGCGCUGAUGACACCUAUGGGAUCACACAGCGGGAUAGUAAAGAACCUCGGUUACGACGAUGUCGAUCUUCACGACAACUUGCACGACUUCUGCCGCCUUUGUAACCGCCUGUCACUUACCUCGUGCUGCUUCUUUGAGCUCGAUAGCACGGACUAUGGCAGGAAGGCAGGCAUCUCAGGUAUCAUAAAGGGGAUGUGCGUGGAAGAGGCAUCCGCAUGCAUCACAGGCCACGACAGGUUUAGCCUUCAGACGGAUCACUUCAAGCUCAACAAGUUCGCCGGGCCCGGUGACCGAUCCUUCCUUCUAGUCUCGUCAAAGAUCAAGAAACUGGCCGAUAACGCGGCAGGCAUCGUGGACCGUCGGAGAAACCCAUUGGAGAUCGUGACGAGCAAUGACUAUGCUCACACGAAGAAGCCAGAAGCCCGUAACUGCCUGCGCGAUCUGUUUUUGAGCGACCCGGCCGAGGACAAGCAGAGGCUAAAGCGCAAAAAAGGAAAACGCGCAGCGAACACGUGUGAAUGGGUCCUUUCAACGGAAGAGCUGACAGCUUGGUUGGGUACCGGUACAGAACCCACAAGUCGUUUUAACGUCCUGUGGCUCUAUGGGAAUCCGGGCACUGGAAAGUCCACCAUGGCGCUCUAUCUCGCAGACGAGCUAGCCAAUGUGUUCACUCGAACGAAUGGGAAGACACUUGCCUACUUCUUCUGUGACUCCAGUAUUGAGGAGCGGAAGACCGCAACAGCGGUGGUGCGGGGUCUUUUGCUCCAACUGGUUCAGCAACAUCCGCAACUCCUCGACGACAUCCUCCCCAAGUAUGAUGAGCGAGGCGCUAACGUAUUCACGUCAUUCGACGCCGUCUGGUCUAUGUUUAUAAAAGCGGCUGCAGACAAGAAGACCGGAGUCAAGUUUUGCAUCAUCGAUGCCCUUGAUGAAUGCGACGCGGCGUCUCAGAAGACACUCCUUCAACAGCUGGAAGAGACCUUUAAAGACCCCGAGAGUGUGCGAAACGUGAGUUUCCUGAUCACCAGCCGGCCAUACCCGGAGAUACGCGAACCACUGGAGCAGUUUGCGACAAAUGCCGAUUUGGCAGCAUUUCCACAAGUGACCAAGGAUAUCGAACGCUGUAUCGCCGAGAACGUGGCGACGCUUGAGAAGAGGAAGUAUUAUACAAAGGCCGUGACAGAGCAAGUCAAGAAAAUUCUUCGUGACAAGGCCCAGGGCACGUUCCUCUGGAUUGGUUUAGCCUGCAAAGAAUUGACCGAUGUCGACUCCAAAGAUGCCGUCCAGUGCUUGCAAGACUUGCCCCAAGGACUUCCCGCUCUCUAUGAAUCCCUUCUCGAGAGGGCAAUGCAACGACCACACGCGGACAAGCGCAUUAUCCAACAAAUUCUGAGCUUCGUGACAAUUGCCCGACGCCCGCUAGAGAUCCUGGAACUCGCAAAUGCUUGCGGAAUAUAUCAGGACGAAGACCGCGAAACCCGAUCCCAGUUCACACAAGAGGCAGUACGAUCUUGCGGUCUUCUGAUCGUCGUUCAGGACAAUCGCUUAUACUUGCUUCAUAAGUCUGUCACAGACUUCUUGAUCCAGUCUCGAGACUACAUCCAAUUCGAUGAGCUGCAUUCGCAUGCCGCGCUGGCGUACCGAUGCAUCGACUAUCUGAUCGAACAGCAUGAGAAUGAGAGGCGUGCCAACCCCAGAGAAACGGAACUCGAAAGCUACGCGGUAGCUUUUUGGCCAGAGCAUGUACGCCUCGCAGGAUCGGUAUUCAAGAUACUGGCUCGCCAGACCGUGUUCUUCACGGUGGAUUCCGAAGUUCGAGAUAGCUGGAGAAGGGCAUGGAACUCAAGGCAAAAUUCGUGGAAAGAAAUACCAGAUCAGUCCUCUUUGGCUCACGUGGCGGCUCGAUUGGGACUUGUACCAUUGAUAGAGUAUAUGUGUGAUCAGGGUAUCCACGAUGGGCCAGUCGACUGGGACAGCAGUGACUCGAGCGGUCGAUCACCGCUAGAGUUGUCUGCUGAGGCGGGAGAUGUCAGUUCCAUGUCGCUCUUGCUACAAAAGGGCGCUCGGGUAAGCCACAGAGUAUUGGUAGCCGCGGCCGGGAUUCCAUUGAAUGGUCCAGCGAUGUUAGAGUUACUACUUGACUCGCAACGCGACCAGGUCGUGGUAACCGAAGGCAUCGUUCAGGCGGCAGCUAGAAACCCGUAUAACGGCGAAGAAAUAAUAAAGCUACUCCUCGAUCGACGCGGUAACCAGGUUAUAGUAACCGAAGGCAUCGUUCAGGCGGCAGCUGGAAACCCGUAUAACGGCGAAGAAACAAUAAAGCUACUCCUCGAUCGACGCGGUAACCAGGUUGUAGUAACCGAAGGCAUCCUUCAGGCAGCAGCUAGAAAUGGGCGUAGCGGCGAAGCAGUAAUGAAGCUGCUCGUUAAUGCCCGAGGCGGGCACGAAUGCAAUAUUCUGCAGGUAGCUUCAUCUCAAGGAUACCGGGAAAUUGUGCAACUCCUGCUCGAAAACAAAGUCGACGUCAAUGCCCAAGGCGGGCAUCACGGCAACGCUCUGCAGGCAGCUUCAGCUAUAGGGGAUGAGGAAAUCGUCAAGAUGCUGGUCGACCACGGGGCAGACGUCAAUGCGUCCCAUAACGCAGCAACUCCUUUAUUGACAGCUGCAAAAAAGGGGCACGAAGAAGUAGUAUGCAUACUUCUCGCUGCCGGGGCAGACUAUCGAGUUACGAACAAUUUUGCUCGAUCGGCUCUCAUGUACGCUGCUAUCCAUAAUCUCCCCAGGGCAGUGGACGUUUUACUCGGGAAGCCUGGUCUUGAUAUCAACGCGAAAGAUUACUGGGGCGGAACGGCAAUAUCUUUCGCUGCUCGGCUUGGACACUCAGAGAUAUUCCAAAAACUCGCAACUCUGUCCAAUAUUGAUUUGCAGGCGAAAGACUGCUUUGAUCGGACAUCUCUCUGGUGGGCCCAGAGGCAAGGGCAUAUGAACAUUGCAAAUGCUCUUAUCGACUGGAGAAUCUGCGAGAUUCCCAAGUAA